AUGGCCCACAGCCAGUCUCGGAAGCGAUCGCGAAGCAGGAGCAAAAGCAAUUCUCGGAACAGACAGGAGAGGAAGGAGAAGAAAAAGAGGAAAAGCAGCAAGGACUCACGCCGGGGCAGCAGCUCUCCUCCAAGGAAGCGGACCUCUGGGUCUCACAGACAGAAGUCGAGCUCAGCGGCAGCUAGGGAAGAAAAGAAGAAAGAAGGAAAGGACAAAAAGAAGAGGAAGGCAAGUACCUCUUCCUCUGAGACAGCAUCUUCAUCCACUGGCUCCUCCUCGUCUUCCUCUUCCUCCAGCUCCUCUUCUGAUGACUCCAGUGACAGUGACUCCAAAACGAAGAAGAGUCGACACAGCAAAAAAAAGCGAGCAAAACAGAAAGACAAAAAGAAGAAGAAGAAGAGAAUAAAGAAGAAAUCAAAAAAGAAGUCAAAGGAAAGGGCUAAGGAGGAGAAAGCCAAGGGAGAAGUGGUGCCCGGCCCCUCGCUGGAGCAGUGGCAGAAGGAGUCACUGGUGGACUCUGGACCAGUUUUGACAGACGAACAAAAAUCCCGAAUCCAGGCUAUGAAGCCAAUGACAAAGGAAGAAUGGGACGCGAGGCAGAGUGUCAUAAGGAGAGUUGUGGAUCCUGAAACAGGGAGAACCAGGCUUAUUAAGGGAGACGGAGAAGUACUAGAAGAAAUCGUCAGCAAGGAGAGACACAAGGAGAUUAACAAGCAAGCCACCCGGGGGGACGGGCUGGCCUUCCAGGUGAGGACGGGGAUGCUGCAGUGA